AUGCUGCACGGGGCUGAGUCGCAGGGGGCGGCGGGCGUGGCGCAGCACGAGAGCGCACAGGGCGGGCAUGUCAUGGUGACAUUUUUCACCACAAGUUAUCCAAAGUCGAUGCCGGAGCAGUCCUACGCCGUGCCGCUGGACACGCUUCCGGAGGGCCUGAACACGCUGCUGCAGAGCGUUCUCGAGGAGGAGGGCCAAAUGUUCGAUUUCCUUUUCAAUGAGGAGUACAUUGCAACUUCGUUGCAAAAAUUUCUCGCUCGCCGAGGCAUUAGCUACGAGGAGCUGCUCAACAUCGAGUACACCCCGGCGCUGCAGGCCAAGGAGGGAUCGCUGCUUCCGCACGAUGACUGGGUAAGUAGUGUGCGGGCACCUUUUCCGGGCUGCGCGGAGUUGCUGCUCACCGGGUCGUACGACCACUGCGUGCGUCUUUGGGACGGGGAGAACUGCGUUGCCCUCGGCACCUACCACAAGGAAUGCGUGAAGGAGGUCUGCCUGCACCCUGUGCGACCCACGGCGCCCUCGACGGACGCAAAGGCGUCAGCGCGGAAACGUCAGCGGGCGGUGGCGGUGGAGGACUUCAUGUGUGCAAGCUGCAGCAAGGACGGCAGCGUUGUGGCUUGGCGGUUUGACAGCAGCCUGGCCCAACUCAAGCCACUGGGGGUGGUGAAGCCGCAUGUCGACGGCGUGGACUCCGUCGACGUCUCACCGGGGCGUGGGGAGUACGUGGCAAGCGCUUCUUGGGACGGCACCGUCAAGGUGUUUGAGUGGUCUCAGCUGCUGGACGCAGACACCCCGGCCGCGUCAAAGGCGCCGCUUGUCGCCUUCACCGACCACACGCGGCCUGUUCUCUCCUGUCGCUUCUCCGCAACGAACGGGCCUGCGCUGUUGUACUCCGCCGGCCUCGAUGGGGCUGUAAAGUCCCUCAGCGUCGAGCAGGCCGUCCUCCUUUCGAACCACGAAGGCGACCACCCCAUCCAAGGAAUCGCCGUGAAGCCCGCGGGGGGCGGGGGCGACCUCAUCGUCGCCGCCUGCACUGACAAUCGCGCCCGACUCUACGACACGCGUGCGAAGCAAGUUGUGAAGAGCUUCAGCGGUCAUCGGCAGUGGCUGUACGCGGCGACGUGGCUGUGGCGGCGCGAGGAGGGGGAGCAGGGAGGGGCACACCUCUUCGCCACCGCCAGCGAGGACAGCACCGUCCGCGUGUGGGAUCUCCGCUCCUCCACCGCCGCCCUCCUCACGCUGGACAGCAUGCACACCGACGGCGUGCUGGACGUCACGUACGUUGGCGGAUCACAAAUUGCGUCGGGGGGCAAAGACAACAAGACAAAGAGCUUCUCAUUAUCUAAAGGCGACGAUGGCGUGGGUUAA